AAGAUGCCGAGCUGAGAGCAAAGAAACUUGCUUUAUUAUAACCUUUUUCUCCUUUAUAAGUAGUGCAUGAUUCAUGAAGGGACUAUGAUUCUACAAGCUUUUUGUUAGCUAGCUCAGGGGUUCACUUGUGUCAUACAACAAUGUCUUCACUGUCACACUCUUCUUCAACUUGUUCUUUCUGGAGUACUUUACUGCAUUCCUUGUUGCUCUUGGCUUGGUUCUGUUCUUCUGCAUUUCUUCAAGUUUCGAAUGCUGCAAGUCCUAGUGUCAAUGUCGCCAAUGUCUCCCAGGUGGAGGAUGCUGCAUACUUUCAUCUAUAUUAUGGCAACAGUUUCAAAGUCAUCAAGAACGGAUUAGAUGGCCAGAGUUAUCUUCUCAUUCAGAAAAAUACAAGGAUGGCAGCUAGAACAAAAUAUUGCACGCCCAGAAUAAGAUCAUUCAUCAUCCCAUUGUCAAACUAUUCAGUCGAUACUGUACUUUUUCCAGUUUCUUUCUUUGAGCUUCUUGGUUUACUAGGUAAUUUGAAGGGUAUAACAUCAGACUUGGUAGCUUCACCGUGUGUACUGAAAUUACAUAGUGAGGGACAAGUUGGGGUGGUUAACAAGACUGAGCCAGGGCAGCUUUCUCAAUUUGCAGCUUAUUUCAUUAGUGAUACUGAUCAAGCACAAUCCUGCAACUAUGCAACAUUUGUCCCACUUGUUGAAGAUGCACCUCUACAGAGGGCAGAAUGGAUCAAGUACUUGGGAGUUUUUUCAAAUCUUGAAACAAGAGCAAAUCGGGUCUACGAUAUGAUUAAAGAGAACUACAUAUGUUUGAGUAGAGCAGCAGCUAAUAAGACUGCAUCCUUCAAACCUACAGUUGCUUGGAUGGAGUUCAAUGAUGGUGUUUGGUCAUUCACAAAAGAGACAUACAAGUUAAAGUAUGUUCAGGAUGCUGGAGGAGCAAAUAUUGAUGAUUCCAUUAACAAAGUGACAUAUAACAUUUCCAUACCAGAUGACUUGGAGGAGUUUUACGCCAUUUUGUGUACUGUCGAUGUGGUGAUUGAUGAAACCUAUGUUCCUGAUCCGGAUGCUUAUAUGCUCUCGACCUUCCUCCAAAACACAAAUUUGGAAGAUAAGUCUUGCUUUGCAUUUCUUGCAAAUCAAAGCUUGUGGAGGUUCGACAAAAGAAUUCAAAAAUCAAGUGUUCUUGUGCAGGACUGGUAUGAUGGAGCCGUCUCUCAACCUCAAUUGGUCCUAGCAGAUUUAAUUGAAGCUUUAUCUCCAUCCGGGAAUUACACGACAACUUAUAUCAGAAAUGUUGCUAAGGGUGAAGGAGUUAUUAACAUCAGUCCUGACAUGUGCCAGAGGGAAAGUUCAACUGCUAUGGAUCCUGUAGUUAUACCUUGCUAGAAUAGUUAAUUUGACAAAUUCUAUCCGUCCCUCUUGAAUGAUUUACAUCAAGAAUCAGUUAAAAUCGCUAAACAGAAGCAUGCAUGCAAGUUAAAA